AUGACAAGCUUACUGCGAGGGACAACUUUGAUCACAGGUGCAGGCUCGGGCAUUGGCCAACACGCAGCCUACGCCUUUGCCAACCACGGAAUCCGCAAUUUCGCUCUCUGCGACAUCAAUCCCACGUCUCUCAAACAAACCACAUCUCAGUUGAAAGCGGCGCACAAAGAUGUCUCCGUCCUGGAGUUGAACGUGGAUACCUCAAAAGAAGACUCCGUGCACUCCGCUAUCGACUCAACAGUCAAGUCCUUCUCGCGCAUAGAUGUAGCUGUCAACAACGCCGGAGUCGGAGGAUCGGGACGGCAUACUCAUGAAAUGGAAUUGACAGACUGGCAACGCGUGAUGUCGAUUAAUCUGAAUGGCGUAUGGCUGUGCCAGCGCGCUCAGAUUCGGCAAAUGCUGAAACAAGAACCAUUGAUCCCGCCGCCACGUGGGAAUCGAGGCGUCAUUGUAAACGUUGCUUCUAUGCUAGGCUUGAAAGGGAGCUCUCCAGAAGUCCCGGCUUGCGAGUAUACUGCCAGCAAGCAUGGAGUGGUAGGAUUGACGAGGACUGAUGCUGCUGCGUACGCGAAGGAGGGGAUCAGAAUCAAUGCCAUUUGUCCGGGCUACGUGGCUACGCCGUUGUUGAAGAACUCUUCGGUAAGUAUAGAAACAACAUUAGAAUUGAGCGGAUUGGUAUGUGCUGAUACUGCAUAGAGUCUGGCGGCCAUGCAAGCCGAAAUCGCCAAAGUCCCUCAGCAGAGAUUAGGGGACAUGGAAGAAAUUGCGGAUUCGAUCGUUUACAUGGCGAGUCCGAUGGCAAGUUUCAUGACGGGAUCGGCUAUGACGGUGGACGGGGGCUACACAGCAUAA